AUGAAGAAAACAGAGCUGGUGUUCGUCCCAACUCCCGCCGCUGGCCACCACAUAUCCGCCGUGGAAUUCGCAAACUACAUCUCUCACGUCAAAUACGCCAUCACCCACCUCAUGUCAUCUCGCUCUUCCCCAGAGUCAGUCCUACUCGCCGGGUUAGUCCUUGAUUUCUUUUGGCUUCCCAUGAUUGAUGUGGCCAACCAACUAGGCCUCCCUUCUUACCUAUACUUCACCUUCGGUGCUGGUUUUCUUGGCCUCAUGCUCUCCCCCCCAACUCGCCAUAGCCAAAUCGGCACUGAGUUUGAAGACUCGGAUCCUGAUCUGGAGCUCCCGAGUUUCGUUAACCCAGUCCCUAUUCGCUUUUUGCCUGAAGCCGUGAGUAACAAGCAUGGUGGUUACGCUGCUUUCAUAAAGUUUGCACAGAGGUUCAAAGAGGCUAAGGGCAUUAUAGUAAAUAUGUUUCUGAGUUGGAGCCUUACGCCGUUGAGUCGUUCGCUGAUGGUCAAACCCCCUCCCCCCGGUGUACACGACGCUCAGCUGGAAUUGUUUGUGGUGUUCCUCUGCUUUGGAAGCAUGGGUAACUUCGACGCGCCCCAAGUGAGGGAAAUCGCGCUUGGGCUCGAGCGUAGCGGCCACAAGCUCUCCUGGGCAUCUGCUGAGGCUGGAUGGCAAACUUGGUGGAAGCUCUAA